AUGCUAGCCAUCUCCGUUCUACUUAUCCGCUAACGUUCGAUCUUUUCCCAAACCAGAAUCCCACGAGUAAAAUAUUAUUAAAACGCAAUUCUUUCCUAUGUUUCAGGUAUUGUCUUUGUAAUUGUCGUUUUCUAUCCGUUCUAUCUUUUUGUUCUUCGUUUUUCACACGUUUUUUCUCUACGUAGAGGAUACAAGUUUCCUGUAUUUUAUUUACAAAUUGUGGCAAUCCUAGGGCGAGUGAUCACUGAAUUUACACAAUUGUAACUGAUCCUGCUGUUUUUGGUUCGGUGAAAACGAUAUUCAUCUCAAUUAUCAAAUUAUGAACUUUAAGAAGUGAAAAUGUCGGACAAAGCGUCUGUUUCCGCAGAAGAAAUCAUUGCAGUGAAGAAAAGACUGUCUAUCUUCCAUAGCAGUAUACGAUUUGUCGAUCGAUCAGAUGAGACGAGAGUCCAUGGAACAAAAGUAAGUGCUGGAAUUGGUCAUCAGAUUUUCCGCGGCAUUAAGAACCGUAUAAAAAACCACGGAAAAGGAGCUAUUAUUCCAACACAAUUCAGGCGGAAACCGUCUCCUCAAGCCCCGUAUUCGACGUUUGCCCCUAUUUGUAUUGAGGCAAGAAGCGACAGCUUAAAACGAGGCUUCCCACUCGUCUACUUCCCCCAAGACUUAAGCAGACACGAUGUUCCACCUGCUGACUGGGCUUCGUUUGUUCAUGAUAUUAAUCUGGCGUGCACAAACAACGAGCUCAUUAAUGCUAGUGUCGGAAAAUUAAUGAACUUUGUCUCACUCGGUUUCAUUUCAGGCUACAUCGUGGGUGCCUAUGUCGAGAAACUAAUUUCACACAUGGAACAUCCCAUCAUUGAAGGAGUAAUCAGCAUGUGGAAUUCAAAAUACUUUCAACCACGCGGUUUGCGACUUUUCUUCUUUACUCCGGAGGAUGUGCAAAAACAACGCGAGGCUGCAAUCACCAAUUACUUGCAACAAUCUGGUGUCUCUGGUGGCUUUUCCAAGUUUAUUAAAGAGCGUGAAUGGAAGAAGCAUCACAGACAUGUUUCCAAGUCCAAGUUCUACCUGCUCAUCAUGUGCGUCCCCAGAAAGCCAGUGUCUGAAUAAAUGGUUGUUAAUUCAUCUCCCAUGAGCAUAUUUACUAGUUCUUAUUAAGACGGAAGGCGCAGUCGGGAAAGAAUUUGCGUCAGUUCUUUAUAAGAUGUAGCUAAUGAUGCGCUUCUGCUGGUUAAAAGAUUGGCAAAGACGAGAAUACCCUCAUUUGUCAAGCACACACAUCUCUUUUUCUUUUUUUUUGGGUUAUAUUUUUCUUUAAUUUAUUCUAUUAAGUUCUUGUCAAAAGUAUUCACUAUUGUAGUUUAGUUGAAGCCAACAUCAAGGGGGC